AUGCCCUUUGGUCCGAAGAACGCAGACGCAAUGUAUCAAAGGGCGAUGAAUGCAAUCUUUCAUGAUAUGAUAGGCUACUUUCUUCUAGUCUACAUAGAUGACAUUGUAGUCAAGUCUAGGAAAGCAGAAGACCACAUUAAGCACUUGAGGAAAAGUCUUGAAAGGAUGAGAAUGCAUCAAUUAAAGCUCAAUCCACUCAAGUAUGCUUUUGGAGUCAAUGUUGGAAAUUUUCUAGGCUUUCUUGUACACCAAAGAGGAAUCGAGGUUGAUCAAAAUAAAGCUAAGGCUGUCAUGGAAGUUAAAGUCCCAACGUCCAAGAAAAAGCUUCAAUACAUCUCACGAUUCUCUAGGUUGUUUGUUGGCCAGUAUAAUCUAAACGGUCAGGAGCAGGCCAUCUACUAUCUGAGCAUAUCACUGAUCGACACUGAGAUCAGGAAGGGCAGGCAAAUGAAAGCAGUUAAGGGUCAGGCCUUGGUAGAUUUUUUGACCGACCACCAUACAAUAGAAGUGUCAGACGAAGAGGCAGCAAAAGCAGGAAUAGUGAUUAAGUCACCUAGAGGUACAAAAUCAACAUUUUCCUUUAUUCUCGACUUUGACUACACUAACAAUCAGGCAGAGUAUGAAGCUCUUCUGAUCAAACUAGAGAUCCUGAAGGAACUUGGUGCACAAGAAAUAUGUGUUCUGCGGGAUUCACAGCUGGUCUUGAAACAAUUGAUCGGAGAGUACAAGUGCAACAACCUUGCAAUAGCACCAUACUAUGUUACGGCCGUUCAAUUACUUGUUGAAUUUGAAGAAGUUACUCUCAAUCAUCUAUCUCGAGAAGAUAAUUGGAAAGCUAAUGAAUUGGCCCAUACCGCAUCAGGAUUAUGGAUGUCAGCAGAUCUUACACACAAGAUUAUUCUAGUGGAUAAACGUUUACACCCGUCAAUCAGAGAAAGAGGAAUGUCGAUAGAAGUACUGAAUGUACAUGAUCUGGCAACUGACUUGAGGCAGCCAAUUAUGGAGUACUUGAAGAACCCCAACCUCGAGACACCCAGAAACGUCAAAGUGCAGGCUCAAAGCUACGUUCUGAUCGAAGGUGAAUGUUAA